UAAGGUGCGAGUGCGGCAAACUCCGCGCGACACGUCAAUAAACCUACCGGAACGAUAGGAGUGUGGGUGGAGGUUCGGAUUAUCGACGCCACAAUUUCCUCCCCCCCCCCCACCCCCCAGGCUGGGCGCGGAGACUGAAAGGUUAACGCUGUCUGUCGACUGGAAAGUCCCGAGACCCAGCUCAAAGACAGCGAGGCACGGGACUGACGGCAGAGGCAGCGGUGCGGGAGCCAGUGUGUGAGCGGAGCGGGUCCCGAGUGCGGAUUCCGCUGCGGGACCUGCCAGCCGGAGCAGCGGUGCGGGAGCCAGUGUGUGAGCAGUUGGACCCGAGUACCCGUUCAGCUGUGGGACCCGAUGGCCGGCAUGGAGCUCCCGGCGAACCUUUCGGACGCUAACCCAAGGAAAGCGGAGCAUCUGCGGGCUCUGAUCGGGGAGGACGUGGUGAAGUCGCCGGGCGGCGGCCCCCUCCUCUGUCAUCUGCAGAGGUUACAUGUCCACACGCUGCAGCUGCCCAGCACCAGGCCGUAUCCCGCACCGCUGCGGAGCCUCCUGGAGCAGACGCUGCUGGACCAGGCACUGAGCCGGGCAUUACGCACCGCCAGCAUCCUCAACUGGUGUCGAGAGCUCCGCACGGUGUAUCCGCUCAGGGUCUCCGGAGAAGGGAGCAGCCUCCUACAUUCAGUCUCUCUCUAUAUGUGGGGUGUCCAGGACACAGACCUCGUGCUCCAGAAAACCUUCCACCGUGCUUUGAUCAACGCCCACAGUGUUAACUUCAAACACAGACUACAGGCCGAGUAUCUAAGAGAACAAGGACUUGCUGAAGCAGCCCCUCUUCACCACUCUGAGAUUUGGGAUCAGGAGUGGCAGAAUGUGAUUGAAUCUGCAGAUCCGGAGUCUGCAGCCAGCCAGGCUGUGACAAACAUUUACCAGGACGUUCACCUGUUUGUUUUGGCCAACGUCAUCAGGCGCCCGAUCAUCGUGGUGGUGGGAAUCUCAGAAGAAAGUUUGGAAAGUACUUCAAGCAGGAAGACCUCGAGUCCAGCGGGAAUCUACCUCCCCCUCCAUUGGCCUCCUCUGCAGUGCUGCACCUGCCCUGUCCUGCUGGGCUAUGAGCACCAUUCCUUCUCCCCGCUCAUCACCAUCAAUGACAUAGGACCAGAGAUUAAUGCUUUUCCAUUAGCCGUGCCAAGUGAGAGUGGGAGCGUGGAGCUUCCGAUCCGCUUUCUCUUAGAUUCAGAAAAAGUCAAUGGGAAGCAACUGCUGAGCGAUUAUCUGAUUGAGAUUUCCGUUCCAGACUGCAAUGGAGUUGAAUUCGUCAAUGCAGCCAGGCUGCUGAUAAACCCUUUACCGGAUGACCUUAACCUGGUUCAGGAUUACUUCCAGCUUGUUAACCAGAGGUGUAAAUCCUGGCAGGAAAGCAGUGGCAAUGUGAGGAAAAACUGGCAGGAAGGCGAUUUCGACUUCCUCUCCACCCUGUCCAUUGUGGAGGAGAAAUGCUUGACACACGGUUGUCCAUACUUUUGUUCAAAGUUCACCAAACCGUUCUGCCACGCGUGUCGAGAUGCAUUCCAGAGCGAGGGAACGCUACCAGACCUCAACAACCGGAGGGAGAGAGAUGGCGAAGGAGCAGACAGGCAGCUUAAUAAGGAUGAAAUAACAAUGUUUGCAGCUGGCACCUCUCCCUUUAGUGAGGCAAAUGCCUUAAAGUGUAAAGAUACUGAGUGUCCCUUCACCGGCAGUGAGGCCUUGUACGGCUUCUGUCCCUCCUGCUUCCACAAGAGGGGCCAGAUGGAUUCUAAUCCGGAGAGAGGCGGAAAUUCUGGCCAAGUGGUUAACGGAAGGAUGGACUUGUUGGGACAGAGGUGCAGCGAAUGUAAGCAAGAAGCGAGGAAUUUUGGUUGGUGUUACUUGUGUUUAAGGAGGACAGAUGCUUUCACCCUGACACAGGGAACAUCAGGACAGAGUUCCUCGGAGCCACACCAAGCUGCCAAGGCCAGUACAGGAGGCCAGAUGGCAGGCAGUGUCCACGGUCAGGGGCUGCGGGUCGGUCAGGUCACAGAACAUGGAAAAUGCAAAACCACCAGCUGUCAGUACUUCGGAGCAGAGGAUCGGUCCGGGCUCUGCACCUCCUGCUUCCUCAAGCAUUUGGAAAGCCUCGGAGCUUCCUCUCCACGAGAUCCAGGGCAUGGUGACCUCUCACCCUCAGCCCCUCGGAGACAACUGGGUCAGAUUUCAUCUCAUCUCCGAAACAUGUCUAUAUGUCGUAGUUCUGACUGUAGAAUGCUCGCCAAUUCAAACCAUAGUGGGUAUUGUGACAAGUGCUAUAUCAGUGCACAAGCAAAAUACUCCCACAGGGUCUACACGGCCAGCUGUUCUCCAGCAGACCAGCAUUCCUGGAGUGCAAUUUUACUGCGAUCUCCCAUCACCAAGCCAGCCGAUAAACAGGAGGCAUCAGACAGAACCACAAGGGAGCCCAUUGUGCGGGAACUGGAGGAAAACGGUCACCUGCAGAAUUCACAGACUCACAAUUCAUCUUCACCAGAUCAUCUCCAGCUGAAGUCGGGAAAACACGUCUGUCGAACUCACGGGUGCGAGCACUUUGGGAAUGCUAAAUGCGAUGGGUAUUGUAACGCCUGUUUCACCAGAUCACUGAUACAAAGGAAAUGGCUGUGAGCCUGCUGAGAGUUUUUCAUAACUCUGUUCCAACCCGUAAGGCAGCAGUAACACUGGACAGAUUCUGACAUGAAGGAUGAAAUGGAGGAAUUUGUAUCAUUCAUUAACUUGGAUAAAGGAAUAGAUUGUGUGGAAUUAUGUGAAUUUGUUAUGCCAUUGUACUAGUCAUUUUAUUUAAAAAUAGAUAAUUAUUACUUUUAUAGAAAUCAGCAAAACACUUAGGUGUAACCUUGUCAAAGAGCAAAGUUACUGCAUGUGCUAAAAACCUGAGAUAAAUGCAGAGAAUGUUGGACAUUUUCAGCAGAUCAAGCAGCCUCUGUGGGGACAGGCCUCUUGCAUAAUCGAUGAGACCAGACGUAAAUUGGGAGACUGCUUCACUGAGCACCUACACUCCGCUGCCAGAAAAAACGAGAUCUCCCAGUGGCCAUCCAUUUUAAUUCCACUUUCCAUUCCCAUUUUGACAUGUCAGGCCAUGGUUUCCUCUACUGCCUGAUGAGGCCACACUCAGGUUAGAGGAACAACACCUGAUAUUCCACCUGAGUAGUCUCCAACCUGAUGGCAUGAACAUCAAUUUCUUGAUCUUCCAGUAAUCGCUCCCCCGCCUCCCCUUCACCAUUCCCCAUUCCCAUUUCCCUCUCUCACCUUAACUGCUUACCUGCCCAUCACCUCUCUCUGGUGCUUCUCCCCCCUCUUCUUUCUUCCACGGCCUUAAGACCAUAAGAUGGGCUAAAUGUCUUAAUUCUGCUCUUAUGUCCAUAAGACACAGAAGCAGAAAUAGGCCAUUCAGCCCAUCGAGGCUGCUCCACCAUUCCAUCAUGGUUGAUCCCAGCUCCCACUCAACUCCUCGCACCUGCCUUCUCGCCAUGUCCUUUGAUGCCCUGACCGAUCAGGAAACAAUCAACUUCCACCUUAAAUAUACCCACUGACUUGCCUCCACUGCGGUCUAUGGCAGAGCAUUCUACAGAUUUCCUACCGACUGGCUAAAACAAAUUCUCCUUUCCUCUGUUCUAAAGGGUCGCCCCUCAGUUCUGAGGCUGUGCCCUCUAGUAAUGGAUACCCCCACCAUAGGAAACAUCCUCUCCACAUCCACCCUAUCCAGUCCUUUCUAUAUUCAGUAGGCCUUCUGUCCUCUCCUAUCAGAUUCCCCCUUCUCCAGCCCUUUAUCUCUUUCACCAAUCAUCUUCCCAGCUCUUUACUUCACCCCUCUCCCCUUCCUGGUUUUACCAUCACCUUGUGUUUCUUCCUCCCCACCUCCCUCCCCCCCUCCACCUCCUUACUCUGACUCCUCAUCUUAUUUCCUCCGGACCUGACGAAGGGUCUCGGCCCAAAACGUCGACUGAACUCUUUUCCAUCGUGCUGCCUGGCCUGCUGAGUCCCUCUGGCAUUGUGUGUGUGUGUUGCUCGGAUUCCCAGCGUCUGCAGAUUCUCGCCUGUCUGUUCUGCAUCCCCUCCCUGAUGGUAACAAUGAGAACCUGCCAUUUCUUUGAUCAAAUGCAACACCUCAAGGAAGCAGAGCAGAAGUGAACCAGGUCUCACCCCCUCCUCAGUGCCAGUUUCUUUAUCUCUUCAGUGAUCUGGCUUCUACAACCCUCCAGCACUGAGAGUUCCAGAUAUCCCCCUCACCCCAAGAUUGGUACGAGGUUUGUCGGGGCAAAUGGCUUCUCCUGUUUCCUGCAGUGCUCAAAGGCCACCCCGUCCCUACCAGCGGGAAUCCUCUCACACAAACCAACCCCCCACGCCCCUUACUGGCAGCACAGAUUGGCCAGAUCUUGUAUGAUCACUGGGGGUGGGAGGUGUUCACGAUCAAUAACAGCAAGGCAGCUUGAGACAGUGCAUAAAACUUCAGGUUUUGUACUUUGUCACUCCAGGCACAGGUAUAAAAGUGGGGAAAUUCAUAAGACCAUAGAAGCAGAAUUAGGCUAUUUAGCCCAUCAAGACUGCUCCUUCAUUCAAUUAUAGCUGAUUUAUAAAGUCAUGUUGAGCCUUUAUAAAGCACUGGUCCGGCUUCAACUGGCGUAAUGCAUUCUAGUCUCAGGUGAGGAGGGCAAGGGUCCAGAGGAGGCUUAAAACAAUGGCUCCUGGGCUGAAGUGCUAUCAUCACAGAAACAUUGAAGAGGCUGAGACUAUGUUCUUGAAACAAAGUCCAAAGGAAGAUUUGAUGGAAGCGUCUCAGAUCAUUGGGGUCAGGACAAAGAGGAAAUGGAGGAUCAGAGGUCUCAGCUGUAAAAUGAAGAGGAAGAGGAACGGGAGGAAUUUUGCUUUAAACACGGAGUGUGGUUGGGAUCUGGAACACACCACCUGCAGAUGUGGUGGAGGCAGGUUCCACUGUGGUCUUCAAGAGAGAACUGUGUAAAUACAUGCUAAAUAGACUAUUUAUAAUGAUUUGGGGAAGGGACUGGGCAGUGGAGCUAUUGCAUUGCUCCAGUGUAUGUCAGCAUGAGAAAAGUGUGACAAACAGCAGCUUCCAUCUCUGUAACGUCUACACCCAUAUUUGCAUUUGUAAUCAGUCUUAUAUUAAAUUAAAUGCUCAGUCUCG